AUGGACCCUCUGCGCGCAGACGGCGACUUUCUCUUCCAAUUUAGCGAUGCCGGCCUUGCUUAUCCGGCGCCGGACACCGCCGCCGCUGCGUCCGUCUGCGCUCUCGCUGCCGACGACACGGACACCCUCAUGCCCCAGGUCCUGUCCGCCGACCAAGACCUGGAUUCCAUGUUUCUGGACCCUGCCUUUGUCACCGCUGCGGAUCUGAGCCAUACUUUUGAGGGCGCCUUCUUCGCCGCCGACCCGGCUCUCCAGCUCGACGAUGCCGACUCGGCCGGCUUUCCUCCAGAUGCCGACGGCGCCGGCUGGGACCUUGCCAUCGGCCCAGUCGACGCCCCGCCCUCGCAGCCUGGCACCGCUGCUGGCAACGCCGCCAUCAUUGACGAGUUCUUUGUCAAGAACGGCGCUUACCGCCCGCCCGAGCCCUGCCUGCAGUGCAAGCGCCAGCGUCUCCAGUGCCUGAUACUCCAGACCACCGAGGCCAACCCCAAUCCCAUCACGUCUUGCUCCAGCUGCGUGGCCUUGUUUCGGGACUGCAGCUUGGCGGAGCGCGGCAAGCGGCAGGCCUCGAGCUUCGAGACCUCCCGGCCCGUCAUUGGCCAUCUCCACGGUGUAAGCGAGGAGAACAGUCUCGGCACCCACGGCGAGGAAUCUCGUGGUGAGGGCCCCGCGCCCCUCGCAGUCGUCACCUCGAAGCGCGCAAGCACGCGAACCGCCAAGAAGACGCGGCCCUUGUCUCACUGGUUCGCAUGCCACAUGGACCAUCCCUACCCCUCCGAGGAUGAAAAGGCAGACCUCGCCAAUCAGUGCGGCCUGAGCCGCACUCAAGUCAUCAAUUGGUUCGCCAAUGCCCGUCGACGGCACAGGCUUUCGGCCCAGUCGCUACUCAACAACACCACCAAAUCCUUUCGCAAGGGAUCGCCCGUGCCUCGCUCCCUCCUAGAUAGCAUGUCUCCCAUGGAGCGCUGGAGGAAUUCACCGCCAGAUGACGAACCUGCUUCUUCCUCUGCCAUUGAACGUGCUCUGAACCGAUCGCCUCAAGAAGCCUCGGAUUACUUUGGCAGCUAUGGCAGUGGGAGGGACGGCUCCGUGUCCUCGGCCAGUGGCGAGUCUGGCAGAUAUCGCCGCAGGUCUUUCAACAGGGCAUCGUCUACUAGCUUUGGUGGCUCGGCGAAUUCUCAUCAAUCGGGGGAUUUUACCUUUAUUCCAUAUUCCGCCAACAACUCCGUCGAUGGAGACUCCAUUGGAAACAAGAGUCCAACAAUUGUUGGUACGCGAGCCAAAAACACCACCUUUCAAUGCACCUUUUGCCUGCAAAGCUUCCGCAAACGGUACGACUGGGUGCGGCACGAACGCUCCAUCCACCUCCCCGGUCUCGAUUCAUGGAUCUGCAGAGUGCCCCUGCCGCCGGACCAGUCGUUUCUGGUGUGGCGCGUCAACCAAACCCGCCCGGAAUGCAUCUUUUGCGGUGAGCUCUCGCCCACGCACGACCACAUACAAUCACACGAAUUCCAGACCUGCGCAGACCGGCCCGCGUCAGAACGCACAUUUACGCGCAAAGACCACCUCUGGCAGCAUUUGCAUAAAUUUCACCACUGCAAGAAGUGGGAUGGAUGGACGCCGGACCUGGCUCUUCUCCAGCACAAGCAGGACAAGAUUCAGAGCCGAUGCGGCUUUUGCAAUGUCACAAUGAAUAGCUGGAACGAACGAGCGCAGCAUCUGGCCUCGCAUUUUCGACGCGGAGCAACAAUGGCGGAAUGGACAGGCGGCUCCGGAAUCCAAUUGUCUUCUGACGACAAGGCGAAUUCCAAAGCAUAG